AUGAGGGGAUCAACAAUUCUGCUGUUGCUUGUCUUAGGGUUUAUAGGCCAAAAAAGCAGCUGCAUUGAUAUCUUCCCCGGAAAAAAGCACUUUGUGCGAAUUGUGAACCAGCUCGAGAAGGAACAACUCGACUACCAUUGUCGAUCGGCAGACGAUGAUGUUGGCCUUCGCAGCCUUCUCCCCGAUGGGGAGUGGGAGUUUGGAUUUCGCAAUAACUUCAUCAACACACACUGGGACUGUGAUUUUUGGUACGCAAAUUACAGUGCUCAUUUUCGAGCGUUUGACUGGUAUGAUGAUUUUUUGGAAAAAUGUGGUGGGGCCCACUGCAUAUGGGCGGCCAGAGAGGAUGGAAUAUCCUUGUAUAGCAUCACAGAGAACGAAUGGUAUAUAGAGUUGGGCUGGACAGAAAACAAACCACACCUUUGA